GUGUGACUAGGCUGAUUCAAACAGAACAGGAAAGAAGUAUUAUAAGCCCGACAUCAUAGUCCAAUUACUUUAUACAACCACACUACCACCAACCUUCUUUCUAUUUUUAUAUCAUUUAACGUCUGUCAGUUUAUCGCCUAGUCAAGUCACUUUUUAACCUUACCCCCAUCAUGUUAUCAUUCCUUCUUUCUAUGGUCCAAUCACACAAUUCUGUUGUAUGAUUGGUUAAUUGUUGAUAAUGUCAGCUAAGUGACGAAGCUAUUAUCUACUACUUAUUAUCAUUAUAGUUUGUGUGAUGCCGGAUUUAGUAGAAUAGUUAUUUGAUGUCUGACGGAGAAUUGUAUUCAGUAAUCGGUUAAUAUUUCCAUAAGUUUUUAGAACUUCACUUAUUUUCUCUUUAUCUUCAAUUUUAACUACAUCAAUGUGAUGGAUUGUUGUCGACUAGUGUUUACUACGUUAUUCGGAUAUUCCUCCAGAAACACGAUCAUCAUGUGCUAUAGUGACAAGGGAAUUGGCUGAGGAAUUCGCUGUUUUAUUGGAUGCUCUUAAAAAUGGAUUAUGCAUUCCUAGAAAAUCUGAUCCAGAAAAUGUUUCAAAGAUAGCUCGUCGUAUUGCUGAUAUUUCACAUAGUUUGAUCAAUUUAGUUGAUAGUCUUAGAGGUAAAUUCAUUUAUUAUAUUUUCAUUGAGUUUGUAUUUAGUUGAAUUAUAUAUUUAUUUAUUGAACUUACAAAUGGGGAUAAUAAGUUGUUUAUAGAUUACAAUUAAAAUGUAAGCUUAACACAGUAAUUCAGUGAUUUCUAUACGAGAUUUUUGUGAUUUACACUAAUUAAUUAUAACCAUAAACAUCCUUUGAAGCUUAUUGGUUUACGAAAUGUCAAAAGAAAAUUUUUUUCACAAUUGAUUGAUCAUUGGGUGGUGAUCAAUGUCAUGCUUGUCUAGUCCUUAUUAGUGCAGAUCGAAUGCUAUCGAUCAUGUUGCAAUGUGGCUACCAGUCUAGUUGACUUGACACUGCGGGCAUUAUAUAUUGAGAUUAGAUGGUGGUUGGAGGUAGUCAACAGGAAACCCUGGACCCGGGUUUCGUGCUUCUUGGCACUCGUCAGCAAGGUGCAUCUGUAAUCUUGAGGGAACUGGUGCUCCCUGACGGAUUCGAUCUCGUGUCACCCAGCUUCACAGUCAGAGACGUUACUACUGAGCUAUCCGAGCCGCGACCGACCUCCUGUUGGACUGAGAUGUAAUCACAAUUGAUUGAUCACUGGGUGGUGAUCAAUGUCAUGCGUGUCUAGUCCUUACUUUUUUUUAUAAAUGAAGUAAAUCGGUUACAUAAGUGAAUGAGUAAAAUCUCAUUGUUUAAAUUUAGCUGAACAAGAAUAAACUUAUAAACCAAUUAGUUGAAAGUAUAAUUCUGUGGCCAAUACGUGUCAACUAAGCCACUUCUUCAGAAAAGAAGUGGCUUACACUGAGUCACGAAACGUCAGAAAAUCUAAUUUUCUACUGAUUGGGAUCUUACAAAUAUAUUAGUUUGUUUAUAACAAUCUACCCAAUGCUUAAUUUAUUCGAAAUUAUCAAGUCAAACCUUGGUAAUGAUACCUACAAAACUAUGUAAUUAUUCCUAUGAGUAUAAACUCGAUUGGUUUCUUUUUUACUUAUUAGAGUAUUACAAAUAUGUUAAUUAUAUUGCUAUUAUCAAUAAUUUAUCAAAUAGUGAAUUUAAUUGAAAUUCAUAAAUCAUACCUAUAACUAACAAUCAUUCAUUUAUAAAUGAAUAAAUAAAUUCAAUUAAUCUAAUUACAAACUUAUAUAGUACAUAUAUGCUUCGGAAUAACAAUUGAUCCUUGUUAAUGAAAUUUAAAUUAUCCUUAAUAUUCUCGGUUAUCUUCCACUGUUGCCUAAGAUAUUCUGUUGAAAAUGUUACAUAUUAUUAGUUCUGUAAUUGGCAUUGUGUAAAAUAAAAUCGUCACCAGAAAAUACAUGAUAAAAUUUCUCUCUCAGAAGUUUCCCCGUGUCGAACCAUAUAUGCUUUGUUUUAAGUCAAAGAUAGAUAUGCAUAUAUAUAUGUAUAUAAACUAGCUAAUGCUUUUUUUUUAAUGUUUGACAAGCUUACUUAUUCAUUAUGCUGACUAAAAAUUGUUUUCUUAUCUUGUUUACUCCCCUUUUUCUCCCUCCCUCAUUUGUGUGUUGAUCUCACCUGAAAAAUAAUGUACAUGGCGCUUGCUACAAUAUUGCAUAUUGUUUUUGUUCUCUCAAUUGCAUGUAACUUAACCAUGUGUGUAAUUACAUUUACAAACUAUAUUAUUCCGUCACUGCAUGGUAUACACAUAUUUAUGUGUGGGUGUGUAUGUAUAUGUCAACGAUUUUGGAUUAUGUUAUUUGUUUAUCAUGUGAAUGUUGUAAAUUUUUGUAUUUCACAAUUAUUUAUAAUUUUAAUUAAAACAGAAGGACCACGAUUGAUUAUGUAUUUUCGUGCAAGCAGUCCGGAAUGUGAGUUUUUCAUUUCAAUGAAAUUUAUAUUGAAUGCACAAAGUUUUUCUUUCUCUGUAACUCUUGUAUUUUCGUUUAUUGAUAUACUCAUUAUAUGUAUAUGCUCGAUGGUAUUUUAUUUUUCUUUCUUUCUUUGUGUUUAAUUGAUAUAGUUGCUGAUCAAUGUUUUAUUUUUAAGUAGUCGAAUUUUAAGUUUAUACGUAAUAUCAAUUAAUCUACACAUCUAUGACUAUAAUUUAUUUUCUCUUCUAGGGCGUGAUGUUGCUGAAAAGUUCAUCGGGCGUCAUGUAGCCUAUCAUCAUCAUUAUGUUUCAAAUUAUGCUUUAGGUAGGUUUUCUUAAUAAAAUUCUCAAAUCUACAAAUACUAUCUUAGUAAUCAAUAUAGUAUCAAACUAAAACCCCUUUUUUAUUUUAAAGGUGGCGGUUCAAAAUCAUCACACAAAAGUAUUUUUAUUCGUCCCACAUGUUAUCCUCUUCAAUUGUCGUCUGAGCAAACUAUGAACGAUGAAGCAGAAUGUCGAAUUGUCGAUGCUAUUAAUCAGCUUAAUUCAUCGCUGGAAAAAUGCUCGGCGGACAAUAAAUUAGCUCAAUCUCUUCUUGUUACGGCGCGAUCAGUCGCUGUAUCUGUUCAAAAUCUUAUUAAAACUGCAAGGACUGUUAUUUCCGCACCGCCAAGUGAUGCUGUGGACAGAGCUCGGACGGCAGAAGGUGCUUCACAAAAGAGUACUAGCUCAGCUGCUCUUUGGCGUACUGAACUUAAUGUAUCGCUUGCCACUCAACACUUGUGCCAGUUGUCUAAACUAUGUUCGGAAACAGUACCAUCAACAACCUCGAAAAAAUUGGAGAAUAGCACUGGGGAGUUGUCAGGAGGAUUAAUUUUAUCACGCGAAAGACUUCUGGCUGCUGUGCGUCAAGUGGCAACUACAGGAGCUCAGUUACUCUUAGCAGCUAAGUUAAGAAAAGAAGCUCUAAUGUCCGCUGAUAUUCGAAAGUUGAAAACUGCAGGACAAGCUGUCAAAGAGUCAACAGACCUACUUGCUGAAACUGUUCAACGAGGUGACACAGUUUCAAGUAGUUCAACUUCACCACGAAUAGAAAUAACUUGGCCAACUUACACAAAUCAAGCAUUGUUACAAGGUAUCCAUACAAAAGCACGAAUUCAAUCUCAGCAAAUGGAAUUAGAAGCAUUAGAAUCUCAUCUUGCUAGUUUAAAACAAUCAUCAUAAUCAUCUUUAUAUAAAUAAAUUUAUAUUAUCAAUUAUAAUUCAUUGUACAGUAACUUUUAAAGAAUCAUUUCACAAAUUUAUUUAUCAAUUUUUCCAUUAGCAAACAAUGUUCUAGUGAUGUUUUAUCUUUUCGAAAAAAAAUUUUUUUUCAUUUUCGUCACUUGAAUUCAGAUUAAAAGAAAUUUACUUAUUCGGUUUAUUACACAUACAUAUACAUGUAUGUGCGUUUCGCAUGCUUCUCUCUCUCUCUCUGUAUGCGUGUGUGUAUGUGUAUACCUACAUACACUUAUUCAUUGUUUCUAUGAUAUGCUUUUAAUUUGUCGAUUAUUUAUCCAUUUCAAUUUUUCUUAUCUCUAUUCUUAAUCCCAGUGAUGAUUAAGAAGAGAACAAUUUGAUUAUGAUAUAUAUGUAAUACUUUAUUUUAUUGAAUUGAACCUACAGAUCUGCACGAUAUAAUAUUAAUUUAAAUGCAUGUAAUAUACCACUUCUUUGAGAUUAUUAUAUAUAUUAAAAUUGUUCAUUAUUGGCGUAUUGGUUUUAUUGGUUUUUCAAUUCCCUGUUAUUGUUUUUUUUAUUAUGAUGCUUACUUGUUGUUGGCGCCGUCAUUUCAAUGCCUUAUUCUUUGAAUUAUUUAUUACAUUUUCUGGAUAGUAUUAUGGUACUUUGAUAUAAUAAAAAAAAAUUGGUCAGAAUGUGUAUUUUGUUUUGAUAGCUCUAAUUUACUAACACGAUGAAUGGUAUAUUUGUUUGUCAAUAGAUCACUCUACAGGAUAGUAGCUAUUAUUCUACUGGAAAUAUUUCUUCAUUAAUGUGCUUCUGAUAAAUGAAUCCAAUCAGCCACACAUUCGAAAUAAACUGGCUUACUGUGUUGACAAAUCUCGU